UUUAUGUUUAUAUUUUAUUUUUAUCCGUCAAAGAAAGUCAAAAUGCAUUAAAUCAUUUGGCAUUAAUGAGUUAAUUUAAGCGUGGAGCAGUGUAAAUCUUUUGACAACAAUGAAAAUUAAUGAGAAAAAUUUGUGCGUCUUUGCCACAAGUCCUCCGUAUGACUGCGAAGGUUUUCUUAGUAAGCGAGGUGAGGUCAACAAGGCAUUUCAACGACGUUAUUUUGUGCUGAAAGGAAAUUUGUUAUUCUAUUUUGAGCGUAAAGGAGAUAAGGAGCCCCUGGGACUAAUUAUAGUUGAAGGUUGUACAAUUGAAUUAUCGGAAGAAAGUGAUCAGUAUUGUUUUGAAAUAGCUUUUAAUGGUAAUCGCACUUAUAUACUAUGUGCGGAAUCACAGGAAAGUAUGGAAACCUGGAUGAAAUCACUUACGUGUGCAGGGUAUGAGUAUAAAAAGUUGAUGGUAGCAGAACUACAAAGACAACUGGAGGAGAUUGAGGGUUCACGUAAUAAAAUGCUUGGCGAAACUAUAAAUACAAUUGUAUCUGCACCUAAACCGCCGCCACGCCGACAAAAUCCUUUCAAUCGACCAGCACCACCACCACCACCACCUGCCUCAAAUGGUCAUAUUGCUAAUAACACUGCCAACACACCGUUUAUAAACGGUCAUUUUGGCGCAACGUCACAGCGUUCCAGCAAUUACACUCAUUUACAAGCAGGAGUUGAGACAAGUCCCAUACCGCCACCAAGAGGCUUACCCACAGCUUCUAGCAUUAGAAGUGAGUUCUAUAUCAAUAAUCAACCACAACAACAACAACAACAGCAGCAGCAAAAUCAGUUACAUGAUCAACAUUUUACAAGUGCCAAGACAAGUUCCGGUGAAGCCGUCACAAGCUUCACACAAUACACAAAACCAAAUGUUGCCAAAGCAGCCACAGUAUUAAGCAAUUCUCAGUCUGCAAUUGCAAUUGGUAACGCCGAUCCACGCAAUUACAACAACAACAACAACGCCAAUUUCGAGCUAUUACAUGAGAAAUUUCGGAAAAUCGUCAUGAAGGACAUUACCGAAUAUCAGUCACAAAAAGAACUGAAACUGAAGCCGCUUAUCCAAUUGUGAUGUAUUAUUAUUAAGUUUUAAAGUAGGCGCACUUAACUUAAGCUCUGAAAUGUUAUAUUUAUAUAUAUCACUAUAUAUAUUAUAUUUAAAGUUAAAAACAAAUAACAAAAAACAAAAAACAAACGAAUCAAAGAGAUCUAUAUAUGUUACAUAUAUUGUUUGCCUUAAAUGUUUGUAAAUGUGUUCAAAGUCCUCAACGCGAUAUAAAUAAGACAUAAUAGAUGCAGAUAUUACUUAUUGCAUUGCAUUACCA